AUGAUGUGUGGCGCUAAUGGUGUGGGUGUGGGUGUGCAGGAGGCGGAGCAGGUGGUGGUGGUGGGCAACCGCGAGUGGAUGGCGCGCAACGGCGUGCGCGUGCCCGAGCGCGUGCAGCGCGCGCUGUGCCGCGACGAGCUGCGCGGCUGCACCGCCGUUCUGGCCGCCGUCAACGAACAGCUGGUAUGCACGAUAGGCGUGGCUGAUGAAGUGAAGCCGGAAGCACACCUGGCCGUCUACUGCCUCAAGCGCAUGGGGCUGCAGGUGUGCCUGCUCACAGGAGACAACAGGAAGACUGCACUUGCCAUCGCUAGGCAGGUGGGAAUCAAUAAAGUGUAUGCAGAGGUGUUGCCUUCACAUAAAGUGGCCAAAAUACAGAAACUUCAGGAGCAGGGGCAAAAAGUAGCAAUGGUGGGCGACGGCGUGAACGACUCGCCGGCGCUGGCGCGCGCGGACGUGGGCAUCGCCAUCGCCAGCGGCACCGACGUGGCCGUCGAGGCCGCCGACCUCGUGCUCAUGCGGAAUGACCUGCUGGACGUGGUGGCGUGCCUGGAGCUGUCGCGCUGCACGGUGCGGCGCAUCCGCCUCAACUUCGUGUUCGCGUCCGUCUACAACCUGCUGGGCAUCCCUCUCGCUAGCGGGGCCUUCGCGCUCUACGGCCUGCAGCUGCAGCCGUGGAUGGCGUCGGCAGCGAUGGCGAUGAGUUCAGUGUCGGUGGUCUGCUCUAGUCUACUUCUCAAAACCUUCAAGAAGUCUACCCCGGAGCAACUGCGUACCGCGGAGUACUUACAGUCGCUGCAGUGCUCGGAGCUGGAGGAGGUGUCCGUGCACCGCGGCCUGGACGAGCGGCCGCACCGCGCCGCCUCGCCGCUCGCCAGAAUAUUCAACCGCACUAAAAGCAACUCUGGCUGCCUGCUGCAAGAAGAGGAAGACAUGCUGACCGUCUCGUUCAUCCCCAAGCAAGGUGGAGACCAGCCCGCCCAGCUCAGUCGCGACCAGCCCACCAUCAACGGCUGA